AUGAAUAAGAAUUCUUUAAAUCUAUUGACUUCCGGAAGAUUUACACACCUCACACAGCUCCUCAAGAUGGCUCGCUAUGGCAGGGAGCCCCCUCGCAUCGAAGGGAUGGUUUCGCUAAAGGUUGACAACCUCGCCUACAGAACGACAAUUGAUGAACUAAGACGUAUCUUCAGUCGAUACGGCGAAGUUGGUGAUGUUUACAUCCCGAAAGACCCAUACUCAUAUGAGAGUCGUGGUUUCGCGUUCGUCCGCUUCUACUCUGACCGCGACGCCGAGGAUGCUAUUCGUGGAAUGGACGGGCGCCGCAUCGACGGAAGAGAGGUUCGGGUACAGCGAGCAAAAUAUGGAAGACCCAACACCUAUAAAGGAAGGAGCAGACCUGAGCGCUUCAAAUUGUACACGCCUAGCGUGUACGCCGCAAAAGCGCAAUAG